AAUACUAAAACAGUGUAUAUCUUUAAACUCUAUCAAUCCAUAUAUAUAUUUUAUUUAGACAACAAAGUGUAAGUCAUAAGUGUAACUAAAAUGUUAAUUACGUGGUUAUGUUUAUUAUUGAUGUCAUACAGUUUGUGCCAAGUAAAUUGUAAGAACCCUAAACCGGUGGAAGUAAAACAAUCAAGGUCAUUAAUGGCGUAUGCAAGGCGCUACUGGAUCUUCGCGAGGAAGUGCCCAGGCUAUUUGAAAAGAUUUGUGAUUUGGAUUUGGAAACACAUAAAAUUUGGUGUUCAAUGCGAACCUAUUGAAAACCAAAAAAUUAGAUGUAUUACUAAGGGAGGUGCUAAAAAGGUUAUUACUGAAACACAAUGGAAACGAAUACCGCCAAGUCUACGGAACCGUUUGCUUAAGAAAACCACUACUACACCUCCAGUUUCAACAACCUAAUAUUUCGAAAAUAAUCAUAUUGUUUAUACCAUUCAUACCAUUCAAUAAAGAAAAUUGUUACACAUUUA